AGCGCUAUUAUACGCCGGCUUUGAUGCUAGCCAAAACGGACUCGCAAUCAUUGGAAAGUGACCGAAAUCGCUCGAUGAUUAGCCGAACACCGUUACGUCAAUGCGAGACCAGUGCAGUACGAACGAAAGCUUACGGGCGUUAGUCAGUUUGUCUAUGCCACUGUAGACAGCUAGGUAGAAGGCGAUAGGGCCAUUAGCUAAAGCACAAAGCAAUUUUACUGUGGCUGGCUGCGUGCGGCUCCCGCGACUAGGGAAAUAGCGAGCCAUUGUUAAGAAUGUGAGCUGACGCUUGCUAAACCUCUUCGAGAGAAUAAUCGAGCAAAAAAAAAUAAACAGAAUAAAUCGAAGCUGGUUAUUGAAUCAGUAAAGAAACAAGUGCAACCAACGGCAGCACUGAGGACCCUCGACUCAGGAUAGAAACGUCACUGUUAUGCCUACUCUAUGUAGAAUAGGGAAAAGUAUCGAACAAAUUAGGGCUACCGUCUGUACUAGCAAAACUGUAACAGGAAGUGUUAGAACUUUGCAAUGCGUUGCAACGUACACAUCGUUAAUACCCCUACGAGUACAUCUGUCUGAAUACAUAGACCACGUGGGUGGUUCGUAUUUUUUGGAUCGUUAAAUGUAACUGUGCCAGAUCCACUGAUCAUCUUGGCCAAUGAAGAGGACUCGGGAUACAAUCAACAGUAGAUAAAAAAAAAACGGGAGAAGCCGGCAAGUACGCUUCUGCGCUCCGCGGGGAAGUCCAGCAGCCUUGCCUAGCACCUUAAAGCUACAGACCGAAGCAUUGCUAACGGCGGCCUAAAUAGUGUACUUUAUCCCGGAACUUGAUUGAAUAUCUGUGAUAUGGGACGACUUACGAAGCUGACACACCGUUGACGCGCAGCUUUUAUGGAAUUUCCGUAAAAACAUAUUUUAGUGAGAAUCGCAGGAUCACUUUUAUUAAGCCUACGUAUGUAAUAUCGUAUCGCGACGACUCAAUCACCGACUCAGGGAACAGCAACGUCACUCAAGUGAGUUCACCUGAUGGCAUAGCGAUAAGCAGAAAGAAAGUCUUCGAAAUCGUUUUCGGGACACGUUUUCAGGAAAAUUUACGACUGCUCAGUUAAGGAUAUGAAUGAGACCAGAUAAUGUGACUGUCGACCGUGUGUCAGGAUAUAAUGUGCGUCGUUCGUUGCGAGUGCCCUUGAAAAGUGAGUACAGUGGUAGUAACGGUGAUUGUUGUGCGUCCUUGUGGAAGAAGGAAAGUUCGUCUUUCAACGGGCUUGGACUGUAUAAUUGGCCUCUCGAGGUGCCGCGCGUCCGUGGUGCCUCGAGAUGACGAUGCCUAUGGGUACCAAUGCCUCAGUGGAACAUGGGGUGUGUUUGAGCAGGUGGUCUGCUAGAGCAUCAAGGGGCAUGAGCACAUCAGGAGGUCCAGAUCGGCCGUACGACUUAAACUGCCUCAAAGGUGACGGCGUUGAUGAAGGCCAUCUUCAUAAUAGAUUCACGAUUGUACCUUAUAAUCGAAAUGAUUACCUCCUUUGUAAAUUACCCCCGAUAUUAACGUUGAUCGUGGUUUUAAUAGCGUGCACAACCGCCGUCCCUACGCUUGCAGCUCCAAGCAGCUCGAAUGAGGUUCGGAUACCCUAUACUUCCAGUGUAUUUUCCGCCGUGUUCGCCAGCGUUCCCUUUUCCAAAAUAACUACGACAACCGUAGGAAGCAGUAACAAUAGACGGGCGAUAGCAGAUAGCAAUGGCAGCACAGAUACAGAGUCAUCAAAAGAAUCUUCAGCAUCAUCUGAUGAUUAUGAUUCGAUCGAUGACGACCCUGCAGGAUUUUGGACUUACUUCUUACGGCCUGGUUUCGCCUCUCAGAGCGACUCGCAGAUAAAAGAAUCAACAAACGCUACUGAUGAAAGGGUGCCCUAUCAAAAAGGCCAAUGCAAAGAUGGACUUAUUUUGCCUGCCUGGAGACCUCUGGAGCCUCUCUCGACAGGUGACCGCUGGGCUCGCGGUAUACUGUACUUCCUAGGAUUAGUUUACAUGUUUGUGGGCAUUUCAAUUAUUGCCGACCGCUUCAUGGCAGCCAUCGAGGUUAUCACCUCAUUAGAAAAACAGGUGACCAUUACCACACCAGACGGGGAAAGACAGCUGAUUGCGGUCCGUGUCUGGAAUGAGACCGUGUCAAACCUAACAUUGAUGGCUCUCGGUUCUUCGGCACCCGAAAUUCUCCUUUCGGUGAUCGAGAUUUAUGCCGAAAAUUUCGAAGCUGGCGAUCUCGGUCCAGGCACCAUUGUGGGCUCGGCAGCCUUUAACCUAUUCGUGAUCAUCGCCAUCUGCGUGUGGGCGGUUCCAUCGCCUGAAGUCCGGCGAAUUAAACAUCUGCGUGUAUUCGCAGUAACAAUGACGUGGUCAGUUUUUGCCUAUAUUUGGCUAUACGCCAUUCUUACAUGGAGCUCAUGGGGCGUUAUCGAAGUCUGGGAGGGCAUACUCACCCUUCUUUUCUUCCCCGUCACUGUCGGUACCGCUUACGCGGCUGAUCGCGGUCUCUUCAUGGAUAAAUUCCUGCAGAGCAGGAAGUAUCGUCUGAACAAGCGCGGAGUUAUCGUCGGAGGGGAAGGAAGCGAGGAUGAGGAUCUCAAAUCCGAGACAGCCGAAAGUCAAAAAGCGUCGCUUGAAGUUCCAGCCAUCACAAUUAUCCAGCCGCCGACAUCGAACGGCGACGUACAGUCAGGAGAUGAUCGCGAGCCCGAGGACGAGCUUACCGAGGAGGCAGCGGCAUUUGAAAAACAUCGGAAAAGCUACAUCGAAAUAUUACGCAAUAUACGCCGAAAAUACCCUGAUGCCCUUAUGGAGGAAAUUGAAGCAAUGGCACGAGAAGAGAUUCUCAACAAGGGACCCAAAUCGCGGGCCUAUUACAGAAUCCAAGCUACGCGUAAGUUGAUGGGCGCAGGGCAGUUGAUGCGCAGGCGGCCGUCGCGCAUGGUCCUUGAGGAGAUCCGGGACAGAAAAUCACGCGCCUUCUCAAAAGACGAAAUAGAGCUCGGUCUUUCAAGGACAGGCCAGGACGAACCGCCUACCAUCAAAAUCUACUUCGAUCCCGGCCACAUCACCUGUAUGGAGUCAUGCGGUGAACUUCAGGCUGUCGUCAUGCGAGACGCAGCCAACGUUGAUUCAACAGUAUGUGUCGACUACAAAACGGAGGACGGCACCGCGUGUGCAGGAACCGAUUAUGAACAUGUGGAGGGCACGCUUAUCUUCCGGCCCGGUGAGCGCGAAAAGAUCAUUUCCAUAACGAUCAUCGACGAUGAGGUCUUCGAGGAGGAUGAGCAUUUUUACAUCAGAUUAUCAAAUCCGCGCUACAGCCAGGACCCGCAUGAAGAUGAUUGGCCUGUGGUUCUAGAAACUCCAUCCAUAUGCACGGUUAUGAUUCUGGAUGAUGACCACUGCGGAUACUUCACCCUAGCUGAGACCGACGUCUCAAUCAGUGAAGCUAUCGGCGAAUACAAAAUGAUAGUUAAUCGAAACUCAGGGGCUCGCGGUCGUGUUCUGCUGCCUUACAAGACGGUCGCUGACACGGCCAAACCUGGCACGCAGUAUGAGCAUACUGAAGGAACGCUCAUCUUUGAGGACAACGAAAUCACGAAAACCAUCACAGUUGCAAUUAUCGAUGAGGAACGCUACGAAAAGAACCUUUGUUUCAGUCUACAGCUAGGAGAACCCAAGACCGAACAACAAAUUCUGGAGAAGUCGGAAGAAAAAAGUGCUGAACACGAGCUAUCCAAAGAGGAACAGAUAGCACUACAAGGACUGCCUAAGCUUGGGGAGGCUAUCAACUGCGUAAUACACAUUCGUGAAAGCAAGGAGUUUAAGAGUACGGUGGACAAACUGUUCCAGAAGACUCAGUCUUCACUUCUGAUUGGCACCUCGUCGUGGAAGGACCAGUUCAUCGAGGCGUUUAAAGUGAUGGCCGAUGACGAAGGCGAUGAUGAUGAAGAGGGUGACGAGGAGGAGAUCGGUAGCCUGGUUGGAAGUGGGAUCGGCGGAAAGAGCUCAGGGGCUCGUUCAAAAGAUUCGCUGGCUAAUCUACCCACAUGCUCCGAUUACGUAUUCCACUUCAUUACCGUCUUCUGGAAGUUCAUCUUCGCCUUCGUACCACCUACCGACUACGUGGGCGGUUGGGCGUGCUUCACCGUGUCGAUUCUUAUGAUCGGCGUACUAACCGCAUUUGUCGGCGAUCUCGCCUCGCACUUCGGCUGUACGAUUGGCCUCGCGGAUUCGGUAACGGCCAUCACAUUUGUAGCUCUUGGCACGUCUAUACCCGACACGUUCGCUUCCAAAGUGGCCGCUAUUAACGACAAAUAUGCCGAUUCAUCCAUCGGUAACGUGACCGGCUCGAAUGCGGUCAACGUAUUUCUCGGCAUUGGCAUUGCGUGGUCACUCGCUGCCCUUGUCCAUUGGAAAAAUGGUACAACUUUUAGAGUUCAUCCAGGCAACUUGGCCUAUUCUCUGACUUUGUUUUGCAUCUGUGCUGCAGUGGCCUGCGUGGUCUUGCUUCUCCGCCGACGGCCUGAGGUCGGCGGAGAGCUCGGUGGCGCGAUGCGGUAUAAACUACCAACUACGGUGUUGUUCGCUAGCCUAUGGGGUUUCUACGUCCUGAUGAGCACCCUUGAGGCGUACGGGAUUGUCAAAGGAUUUUAAAUUUUGUUAAAUUCUGCGAGCUACUGCUAUGGUUCAAUACCAAAUGUACCACUUAAUAACAGAGCCAUUGCGAUUAAUAUUGGUGUUUCGAAACAAACAGUGAGUACAUAAUAUUGCUAUUGCUAGAAACAGCAACACGAUAAGAUCUGUUCGUAUAUGCAAAUAACGGAACUGGCAACUUCCAGCAAUAAUUCGCGAAGAUACAAACGAAAUAGGUUAUGUUAGGCUAACACGUGCACGCAAAGAGUAAACCCCUCAAAACGAAUCGAUUCGAUCGGAAAGAUCACUCGCACGUCAAACGUAAAACUUCGUUGCCCACCGGCAAACCAGUGGCUAAUAGCUGACAGUUGCUAACUGCAGAUAACCUUGCCCGCAGGCAUACUUUGAUUGAUAUCACUCUGUAGAUAAAAUUAAACUAAGAAGAUACGACGACCUGAUGAGUGCUCUCUCUCACUCAACAUAUAUGCUACUCCUGUUACCAUUAUUAUCGAUUAUCCACACACGGGAAAUACGUAGUUUUGAGCCACUGAGAAGCCGGUAAGGAGAUGGAGCAAUGUCCGAUCUUAUGUUCGACGCUCUCUGGAAAAAAUGUCUAAAAAUCUAAAAUGGAACAACAGCAUAGAACAUUAAAACAUGAACAUGACAACACGGGCAAUGGGACCUGCUUUGACAAUUAUUGCAACCUAUACUUAUUACGCAUACGAGCGCGGAUCUAUACAUAGACAUAAAUGCAUCAGAUACAACGAAAGGGAAGGUGGAGGAAAAGCAAAACUCCAUCAUAGGACUAGACACCGUACCUGUUGCACCAGAACUUGAUUGGUGAGUACAAGAUAUACUGGCCUUUGAUUAAUAGUAUAUUUGCGAGUACAGAGUGAUUACAGGACACACACAUCGUUCCUAGUCGUAGCAACAGAAGUGAAACAUCCACCCUAAGCCGGACUAGCAAGUUCCGCUUCGAAAUUCCACCUCGAUCAUCACUCUUGUUCGAUGUCUUCUGGAAACAAGAGCGAGGGACGCAGGAAAGAAUCAACCGUAGCCCGGUGUCCUGCGUAACCGAACUGGCUGUAUCAAUAAGGAGAACCACAUGUUGGCGAUGUGUGCCAAAACCAUUUCGAUGUUACUUUAAUACGAGUGUCUCUAACACUGUCUAGUCGUAGUUUAUGAGCGUGUGCUAACCACCUUUAGAAGACGGCAGUAAGAAGCCACAACGUUUAGUUAAGAACUUCGUUCCUGAUUAGUCGGCACCUGUGGCGACGACCGAAUGUCUGAUCCACUCUUUCGACAACAGUAACAACGACAACAAUGUCCAUCCGUUGAAAUUCAUGCAAAACUGCAAAAUCCCAAGAUGGAUCGAGCUAUAUUUGAUGUUAAUAAUUCGGAUUACAACGGUCCGUAUCAACGCAGGUACCAUCAAUUUUUCGGGCACCACCUUCUAGUAAAAUGGCCCAUCAGCAGAAACAUGGUUGAUUUUCUUGACUUUACCGUGCCAUCGAAAAACUAUAUACGUCGCCUUUUAUGGGACAAAGUACGCCAUAAAAGGUCUUUUCUUUUUCUUUGCAACCCGAAGAACAAUAUAGUAAAAUUUUGAAUAGGCCUUUUUGCUUUCACGAGUUAGCUGUAUGCGAUACGGUCCUAAAAACGCGCCCGCUACGAACAAAAGGUUAGCUCCGAAGCUAGUUGUGUAUUGUAAUUCAAAAAAAUUGAAGCCGAGCUGGCGAGGAGUAGCGGCAGUCGCUUGUACCGAAACAUUAAAAUAGGCGGUCAAAGGAUGACCAACGAUGUCAGUAGCACAUGUAUUAUCCUACAGCGACAUUGAAAUGGUCAUCAAAGAAAGAAACAAACAAACCAGGGAGUAGGCCUAAUUUAAGAGAAUACUGAAAGGUUUGCGUACGACUACAGGCAUAAACGGCUAAGCGAAGCAGUCUGAGUACUUGUUACUGCAACUGUACAAUAGAAACGCUGACCUAACAAAGAAAGACCUGAAAUGCAUAAUUUAUACAGAACUAUCCAGGUAGUUGUUAGAAAAACGUGUAGGUGUCUAAGUGUCCAUGUUCGUUCCCGACGUUCUUUGUGCGUCCUUCUUGGCAUUUGAUGAUCAUUAACAGACAAUCCAAAAAUCGCUCUUCCACCUAAAAAGUCAGUGGAGAAAUGCCAAUCGCUUAUGCGACAUUGUGCUAGCGCCUUCCACAACAACCGGAGAAUGAGGUAUGGCCAUGCAAGGAACAACUAUUGAAAAUGAUUCCGAAAACACUAUACCAUAAGGUAUUUUCGUCCAACCAAACGUGUAGGCGCUUCGUUACAUUAAUACAUAUGUAAGCAUCCGGGGUCAAAUGUGGUUAAUUGUACUAAGAACAUAUACAAGGUUAUUCAACUGGUGCGGGGACAACAAAAAGACCACGCUACAUAAAGAGUAGUGUGGUCGUUUUCGAAUUGGACGCUGCAAAAAGCAGUGGAUUGCGAACUAAUAAAUUUUCAAGAGAUUGAAACACGAAGACGAAAGGCAGCAAACUAAGUUUGUUUUGAAAAGGUCAGCUUCUCGCGAUUCCUUCGCCCCAUAAUCGAAUGGUUACAGCUGUGAAUGGGUGCAAUCACGCAAUGGUCGGCUACCUACAAAAUUAUUUCAAUCUCGACAUGAAUGGGCUAGAACAAUAACCCUUGCACUUUCUCAAUAGCCAUCUACGAGGCGAACACAAAUAGUCCUUUUUAUAGCAAAAGUGUCAACAUUAAUGUUCCGCGGUGAAGAAAGUUGUCUGAGCCAAUACAAUGAUGUCUGCGACGCCAAACGGUACGGUUGUUGUGCGCGAACCUACUGGUCCCCCAUAGCAAAUAUUGAUAUGAUAGGUAUAAUUAUGUACAUAAACUAAACAGAAGAAAAUGUUGAUGAGACUGCUAAUAUAAUGAUAGAAUAAUGGUUAAAAGGAUAUGCCAUGACACUAUAACUAAUGACGUAGACAGAAACAGCUGAAACAGCCAAUAACAACAAUAAUAAUAACUUAACAAAUAAAAGUUCACCCGAGACGAAGCGGUGCCGUGUCGUGUUGCUGUGCAAGCGCUGUUGGAAAAAAAAAAAAAAGCACAAUAUUUACCCUUUUUCUUGUUAGGAACCGCGUCGACCAUAUUGAUCGCUCACCACCGUCAAACCAUUAGUAGCGAAGCUCAUGUUAGGACUAUUCAUGCAACUUAUCAUUGGACCGCUCUCCAUCAUCAUGCAUUUUCCGUUCAAGCUAUUUCCUAUUACUAGACCGCAUUUCCCGUCAUGAUUUCCUCUAACCCUGUCGGCCGUUUAAUUAUUAAUACUACCAAAGUCCAACAUCUUACUUCGAGGUAGUUAACGUGAACGUCAACAAUGCUACCCCGACUAGUCGUGAACUAUAGAUGAUUGAUCACGAGGUAUAGUUCGGCGAAGGCUUUUACCAUUACGAAACCAUGCGCCAUCAUCUACAAACGACGAAAGACAAGAGUUUACAGAUAUAUUAUCGAACCGUUAGGAUUUACAAUUUGAAUAUUUUUUGUAGGGUGAAGACAGGUCGCAGCAUCGGACGCUGCACAAGCUUGCUGCCCUGGCUUUAAACGUGUGCCGUAAACACGAAAGAAUGUCAACUGUAGUGGAUAUACAAACUGAUAGUUAGCGAUAAACAGUAAUAGAUAUAUUAUAGAUACAGUUAUAGGUACAUAUAUCGAAGAGCCACAAUUCUCAUCUGAUGCAUUUAAUAUGAACAAAGAAAACAACAGUAACAAAUCAUAGAUUUAUAAUUGUUCGAAUUACUAAUUUGCGUCGAUCAGAGGCGAGAUAAAGAUCUAAUGUGUUAAAUACAAUAUACAUAUUAUCAUGCAUAGUGUAAGUAUAAAUAGAUGAAAAAAAAAAACAAAGGAAGUGUCACAUGCACCAGCACGCUGGUGAGAAAGGAUAGCGCAGAUUACGACUCGAAGCAAAUAAAACAAAAAAAAAAAAAAAA